ACCGUAUCCAAAGAUUCUUUAAAUGCACUGGAUCCCUACCCGUUUCUUGCUAGAACACAAUUCUUUACUUUCCCUUUCUUCACCUCUCCACGAUCCGAAUCCCCAAAUCAAACACCAGACUUCAGACUCUCUGUGACAAGAAGCCUCCGAACCCCAAUAGAUCUUUUAUACAGAGUAACAGAGGGACGGAGAAUCAGAGAAACAGAGAAGAAAGAUGAAGAUCACGGCCUUGCUGGUCCUCAAGUGCAACCCGGACGAAUCCGACCCGAUCAUUCUGGCCAACGCCUCCGAUACCAGUCACUUCGGCUACUUCCAGAGGUCCAGCGUCAAGGAGUUCAUCGUCUUCGUCGGUCGCACCGUUGCCAAACGGACCCCAUCCGGACAACGUCAGUCCGUCAAGCAUGAAGAGUAUAAAGUGCAUGCUUACAACAGCAAUGGUCUUUGUGCGCUGGGCUUUAUGGAUGACCACUAUCCUGUCCGAAGUGCAUUUUCUUUGCUCAACCAGGUGCUAGAUGAAUAUCAGAAAAAAUUUGGUGAUUCUUGGAGGACUGCACAACAGGACAGCACACAAACAUGGCCCUAUUUGGGUGAGGCCCUGACCAAGUUCCAGGACCCUGCAGAGGCUGAUAAGUUGUUGAAAAUUCAGAGGGAAUUAGAUGAAACAAAAAUUAUCCUUCAUAAGACCAUUGAUAGCGUGCUUGCACGAGGUGAGAGACUUGACAGUUUAGUUGAGAAGAGUUCAGAUCUUAGUGCAGCAUCGCAGAUGUUCUACAAGCAGGCAAAACAGGCCAAUCAGUGUUGUACCAUAUUGUAAGCUUCUGAGGCGAGUAGCAAUCCUGCAAUGACAAUCCCUUGAUAUGGUGCUGAAGUUGAUGGAUUACAAUUUGACGAUUGUAAUGUGUUCAUAACAUUUGUCAAUUGUUUGUUUGGUAGAAUUGUGUGGAUUUUCCUCAUUUUCCUAGGUAUCAAAGAAGGGAAACCAAAUAUUUAUAGAGGUCUCCUGCUAUUAUAGUAUUAAAUAUUGUUUCUGUUUGGAAACACGAGUUUGCGCAUCUGCCUGGGUGUAUGUGAUAUUCUCAUUACAAUUUUAUAAAAUAUAUGUCAUUGCUUUCA